AUGAUGCGCGCAGUGUGGGAGGCGCUGGCGGCGCUGGCGGCCGUGGCGUGCCUGGUGGGCGCGGUGCGCGGCGGGCCCGGGCUCAGCAUGUUCUCGGGCCAGGCGGCGCAGCCCGACCCCUGCUCGGACGAGAACGGCCACCCGCGCCGCUGCAUCCCCGACUUUGUCAACGCGGCCUUCGGCAAGGACGUGCGCGUGUCCAGCACCUGCGGCCGGCCCCCGGCGCGCUACUGCGUGGUGAGCGAGCGCGGCGAGGAGCGGCUGCGCUCCUGCCACCUUUGCAACGCGUCGGACCCCAGGAAGGCGCACCCGCCCGCCUUCCUCACCGAUCUCAACAACCCGCACAACCUGACGUGCUGGCAGUCCGAGAACUACCUGCAGUUCCCGCACAACGUCACGCUCACGCUGUCGCUCGGCAAGAAGUUCGAGGUGACCUACGUGAGCCUGCAGUUCUGCUCGCCGCGGCCCGAGUCCAUGGCCAUCUACAAGUCCAUGGACUACGGGCGCACGUGGGUGCCCUUCCAGUUCUACUCCACGCAGUGCCGCAAGAUGUACAACCGGCCGCACCGCGCGCCCAUCACCAAGCAGAACGAGCAGGAGGCCGUGUGCACCGACUCGCACACCGACAUGCGCCCGCUCUCGGGCGGCCUCAUCGCCUUCAGCACGCUGGACGGGCGGCCCUCGGCGCACGACUUCGACAACUCGCCCGUGCUGCAGGACUGGGUCACGGCCACUGACAUCCGUGUGGCCUUCAGCCGCCUGCACACGUUCGGUGACGAGAACGAGGACGACUCCGAGCUGGCUCGCGACUCGUACUUCUACGCCGUGUCCGACCUGCAGGUGGGCGGCCGCUGCAAGUGCAACGGCCACGCCGCCCGCUGCGUGCGCGACCGCGACGACAGCCUGGUGUGCGACUGCAGGCACAACACGGCCGGCCCGGAGUGCGACCGCUGCAAGCCGUUCCACUACGACCGGCCCUGGCAGCGCGCCACGGCCCGCGAGGCCAACGAGUGCGUGGCCUGUAACUGCAACCUGCAUGCCCGGCGCUGCCGCUUCAACAUGGAGCUGUACAAGCUGUCGGGGCGCAAGAGCGGGGGAGUCUGUCUCAACUGCCGCCACAACACGGCGGGCCGCCACUGCCAUUACUGCAAGGAGGGCUACUACCGCGACAUGGGCAAGCCCGUCACCCACCGCAAGGCCUGCAAAGCCUGUGAUUGCCACCCCGUGGGCGCGGCCGGCAAGACCUGCAAUCAGACCACGGGCCAGUGUCCCUGCAAGGACGGUGUGACGGGCAUUACCUGUAACCGCUGCGCCAAGGGCUAUCAGCAGAGCCGCUCUCCCAUCGCCCCCUGCAUAAAGAUCCCUGUGGCACCACCGACCACGGCCGCCAGCAGCGUGGAGGAGCCGGAAGACUGCGAUUCCUACUGCAAGGCCUCCAAAGGGAAGCUGAAGAUUAACAUGAAAAAGUACUGCAGGAAAGACUAUGCGGUCCAGAUCCACAUCCUGAAGGCGGACAAGGCAGGGGACUGGUGGAAGUUCACGGUGAACAUCAUCUCUGUGUACAAGCAGGGCGCGAGCCGCAUCCGCCGCGGUGACCAGAGCCUGUGGAUCCGCUCGCGGGACAUCGCCUGCAAGUGUCCCAAAAUCAAGCCCCUCAAGAAGUACCUGCUGCUGGGCAACGCGGAGGACUCGCCUGACCAGAGCGGCAUCGUGGCGGACAAGAGCAGCCUGGUGAUCCAGUGGCGGGACACGUGGGCGCGGCGGCUGCGCAAGUUCCAGCAGCGCGAGAAGAAGGAGUUGUAAUGGACCCAGAUGGAACUUGUAACGUG